CUUCCGCUGUCACCGCGCAUGCGCACAGGAGGAUGCGCUCAAUCCGACGCGAGCACCUCAUGACGCGGCGGCAGCAGACAGCUGGAUCAGAGCGCAGUUUCUAGGUAAAAAUGGCCGUGGAGAAGCGCCUGGCAUUCUCUAUUGUGCAGUUCCUACGAGAUCAAACACAUUGCGGUGCUUUGAAUUCUGAUGAGCAGGAGAGCCUUGAAGUUGCGAUACAGUGCUUGGAGACCACCUUCAAGAUCAGCUCCAGUGACUGCCAUCUUGCAGUGCCACAGCCACUUACGGAGAUAUUCCUCAAUUCCCUGCUCAAGAAUGACAACCUGACCCUGCCAGAGACUUCCCCGUCUCCUGAAGACAUUGAACGAGCAGAGCAGCUUAAGAAUGAAGGUAACAAUCACAUGAAGGAGGAGAACUACAGAUGUGCAGUGGAGUGCUACACAAAGGCCAUCGAUCUGGACCUAAGAAACGCUGUGUACUACUGCAACAGGGCUGCAGCUCACAGUAAACUGGGGAAUUACACUGAGGCGACUGGGGACUGUGAGAGAGCCAUUGGGAUCGAUCCCUCGUACAGCAAAGCGUAUGGGAGGAUGGGUUUGGCUUUGACAGCUAUGAACAAGUAUCCAGAGGCAAUUUCUUACUUCAAGAAAGCUUUGGUAUUAGACCCUGAGAAUGACACCUACAAAUCCAACUUGAAGAUUGCAGAGCAGAAGCAGAAAGAAGCAACCAGCCCAAUAGCAGCUGGAUUAGGAUUUGACAUGGCGAGUUUAAUCAACAACCCUGCCUUCAUCAGCAUGGCUGCAAGUGUUAUGCAGAACCAGCAAGUGCAACAGCUUAUGUCAGGAAUGAUGUCUAAUGCAGUUGGAGGUCCAGCAGCAGGAGUUGGAGGCCUGUCAGACAUUUCCAGCUUGAUUGAAGCAGGACAACAGUUUGCCCAGCAGAUCCAGCAGCAGAACCCAGAGCUGAUUGAGCAGCUCAGGAACCACAUCCGGAGUCGUUCCUUCAGCGGCAGCGCCGAGGAGCACUCAUGAUCUAUUCAGCCUCACAUUUUUUUUCCAAGGAAGGGCAACCAUAUGGCGCGAUUACAAUCUCUACACCCAUUUCUUAAAGUCAAAUCCCCGGCAAAGCUGGAAUGAAGAGACAAGGAUGGGGUUGAAGGCACUUUACUGUGACUAAAGGCUCUGGCGUAUAGAGUUGAAGGCCUGGAGACUGGACCAUGAAAUGAAGUAUCCCACACAUCUAGGGCAAAACAUACUGUAAACACUUCAUCACAAAAAAAGAAGCCAAGAAUGCAUUCAGCCUACUGACAGAACAUGAGUCAGUUCUUUCUUCAGAGCUUUUACAUUCUGCAGAGAUCGUGUUUUAUAUGUGCUGAAACUACUGCCCUCCUCGUGUUAUGAGUUUAAGGGUCCUUCUGUCUCGUCUUGAUGAAUAGAGAGGGUGAGGGAGGAAUGUACUUUUACAGCAUAGCAGGGAGCAUCUCCGCUUUUUCUCAUACAAACGCACACACUGGACAUCAGGUUUGUUUAUAAUGCAUCCUGUUUAAUAUUAUUUUUGUAGAAGAACUCUAACUGUACUCGUUUAUUGGGCGAUAAAGACCAUUCAGUCCUUGACCACACAUCACUGCUUUUUAAUCUUGAACUUUUGGUUAAGACAACUGUGUAUUUGUAUAGCAGUGUAUGCGGCCUGCUUUAUGUUGUUACGGCACUUUAGCAAAAAUAAAUGUCACCCCUUUAAGCCUAUUUAAUUGCUCAUUAUCCAGUAAUAACAUAUUCAUACUGUUCAUUUUGCAUGCUCUUAAAUCUGAUAUUUGAGAUCAGAUGCUUUAUGGAAACAAAUAGGUAUGCUAGGGCAGCACAUUGUUUUGUCUAAAACAUACGAAUAAAUGUCUUGAAAUUGAA